CUCGCAUGGUGACCGAUGGAAACUAGUAUAAACCAAGUUCGGAAAAGAAGGGGAAAAUCCUCGAAUAACGGUCAUGAAAAACAGACGGGAAACACCAAGAACACAGUGAGACAUGGCAAGCGUCCAAAGGAUUCAGAUGAGUCGGAUGAUGGUUCGACGUGCCUCGAGGAAUUUCAGCAACUGGUGGAUGGAGAGACACAAGGAGUAUCAAAUGAUGUGUCAAGCACAGAACGGGCACCGUCCUUUCCAAAGAAGAGGUUUUUAAUUAAUCUCGAAUUAGAUGUUGUCGCUGUUUUUUUAUUUGGAUUAGCUGCAGUAAGCAGGUUUUAUAAGCUUGACGAGCCUAGGCACAUAGUAUUUGAUGAGCUUCAUUACGGCAAAUACAUAGGGCUUUAUAUAAAGAACACGUUCUUCUUUGAUCUUCAUCCUCCUUUGGGGAAAUUGCUGAUCAGUUCGAUCGCUCAAUUCGCUGGUUUCGACGGAAAGUUCAGAUUUGAUCGAAUCGGCACAGCAUACGAUGAAACCGUUCCUAUAUUUGCAUUGAGAUUUCUUCCCGCACUAUGUGGUAGUUUGAUAGUGCCGACAUCGUACUUUUUAAUGCUAGAACUGAGAUGUCAGCAAUGGACAGCCAUGCUUGCUGCUCUACUAGUGCUUUUUGACAAUGCUUUAUUGACUCAAUCAAGAUUUAUUUUAAUGGAACCUAUGUUACUAUUAUUGACAUUAUUGGGUUUGCUUUCAUUUUUAAAGUUCCGAAGGUAUACAAACAACUUCAAACAUCCAAUGUUUUGGAUCUGGUUAUCGACAUGCCUCACUUGUCUCUCUCUUGCUCUUUGUGUAAAAUACGUCGGAUUUUUUUCCCUCGCUUUGGGUGUGACGUUGAUGUGGAUGGAUUUCUGGAGGCUCCUACCAAGAAAAGAUUUGACAGACAGGAUUUUGAUUUUUCAAGGAGCAUUCAGAUGGCUUCUUUCCCUGAUUAUACCCGCUGUCGUUUAUGUUUCUGUGUUUUAUGUCCACCUAAUCCUUUUGUACAAAGCCGGUCCACAUGAUUCUGUAAUGACUAGUGCUUUUCAAGCCAGCCUCGAGGGUGGACUGGCUUCUAUAACAAAAGGCCAACCGUUAGAAGUUGCUCAUGGAUCACAAAUUACUCUUAGACACACACACGGUAAAGCUUGCUGGCUCCAUUCGCAUAAUGCUGUUUAUCCUUUAAGAUAUCCUGACAAAAGAGGAAGUUCUCAUCAGCAACAAGUCACCUGCUACACAUUCAAGGAUUUGAACAACUGGUGGAUUGUAACAAGGCCGAACGAAGCUAAUCUUGUCGUAUCAACACCACCUGACGCGAUAAAGCACGGUGACAUUAUUCAACUUGUUCACGGAAUGACUGGAAGGUCUUUGAAUUCCCAUGAUGUCUCUGGUCCUAUGUCACCUCACAACCAAGAAGUCAGUUGUUACAUAGACUACAAUGUAUCUAUGCCAGCUCAGGACUUAUGGAAAGUUGAAAUUGUGAAUCGAGAGGAAGAAGGUGAUGUGUGGCAUACUAUUCAAUCUCAGGUGCGACUCAUUCAUUUCAACAGCAGCCAGGCUCUCAAGUACAGUGGAAAGCAGCUGCCAAACUGGGGUUUCAACCAAAUGGAAGUGGUAACAGAUAAAGUGACAGUGCAGGACAACACAGUUUGGAACGUAGAAGAGCAUAGAUACACAAAGUUCCAGGAUGAGAAAGAACGAGAGAGGGAUAUGAUGAACGCUGAAAUGAUUCCAAUGACUGCCACCCAACUCCCGUUCUAUAGAAAGUUUUUAGAACUCCAAUAUAAGAUGCUGUUUACAACGCAAGAAAAUCUCCAAAGCCAUAUGUACAGCAGCGACCCAGUCGAAUGGCUGUUCAUGACAAGGGGUAUAGCAUAUUGGGUCAGCUCUAACCACAAUGGCCAAGUACACUUACUUGGUAAUGUACUUAUUUGGUAUUCUGGCACUGUGAGUUUAGUUAUUUAUUUGCUCAUUUUAAUUUUCUAUUUGCUAAGGCGUAGAAGGCUCAUUUAUGAUUUAAGCCCUGUUGAAUGGGAACAGUAUAAAUUUAUAGGACAGACACUGUUCAUGGGAUUCCUCUUCCAUUACAUACCAUAUUUUUUUGUGGAUAGGACGCUGUUCCUUCACCAUUAUUUCCCAGCUUUUCUUUUCAAGAUACUUUUGACAGCUGCAGUCAUUGAGCAUAUUCAUUCUUUAACGAGGCAUUUGAGAUUCCUUCAGGCUCUAUUCACAUUUGCGAUUCUGGUAUGGAUUAUUGGAGUCGUUAUCGUUUUCAAAAUAUUUUCUGUCAUAAGCUACGGUGCCACCCCGCUUUCUGGCGAUGAUAUCUUGAAGUUAAGAUGGAGCGAAUCCUGGGAUUUUAUUGUUCACAAAGAAUAAUUUAACUUAUACUCGACAUCUUUGUAAAAGUCUGAUUGUAAUUGGAUUUUGUGUUGCCACAAGGAAAGAAAAAAUAAGACUGCUAGAUUUAAUUUUCAAUUUCAUGUACAAUUUGUUUUAUAAUUAAUAGUUUUCUGCCAUAAUACUUGUCCACAAAAGUAUGUGAUAGGAUAAAAAUAUUAUUUAUUCAUACUGAUCUGUCUUCUUAGAAGAAAAAAUUAAAUCAUAUAUUUUCGAGCAUUUAUGAAAUAAAUGUCAAAUUUUAGCAGGUCUUUUGUUUUGAAUUUUUUAUAAUUUAACAUUAAUAAAUUCCAAAAUAAUGUACAUGUUAAUAGUUUGAAAUUUUGCGCAAUGAAUUCUUGUAGCCCAAAAUUAUUUUAAACAAAGAUAUUUUCUUAAAU